UACUACAAGUAAUAUAAAAGGAUUUUAAUCCUUAAAACAUAAUCAUAGUGUCUCGUCUUUGGAACGCGAACGUACUUGAAAAUGAAAUCCGUUUUAUUAGCACUAUGCGCGAUCGGCUGCGCGUACGGCCUGGUGCCGGACCAGCAGGCAGCCGUCGUCCGCAGCGACUACCAGAACAGCCCUGAGGGCUACCAGUAUGUCUACGAAACUGAGAAUGGCAUCUCAGCGCACGCUGAAGGAGUUAUCAAGACUUUGAACAAGGACGAGGUCUCCCACACAGUUCAGGGCUCAGUAUCUUACAUUGCACCUGACGGUCAAAAGAUCGAGACUUCUUACGUAGCCGAUGAAUUCGGUUACAAGCCAACGGGUGAUCAUCUUCCCACCACGCCGCCGCCUAUGCCGAUCCCUGACUACAUCCUUCGUGCUCUGGAAUGGAUCGCGACCCAUCCCUACAAAGAACCCACUUCACUCAGUAAGCCCACUUCAAUCAAAAUGAAAUUCCUAGUCCUUUUCGCCGCCGUGGCUUUGGCCAGCGCUGAUGUUGCUCACAUCGUAAGAACCGACGAGUCCCAGGCUCCCAUCCUCAAGUCAGAUUACAACAGCGACCCAGUGGGCAACUACCAAUACGCCUACGAAACCGGAAAUGGCAUCGCCGCCCAGGCUGAGGGUAUCGUGAAGAACCCCAACUCCGAAGCCGCUACUCUUGAAGUUAAGGGAUCAGUCCGUUACACCUCCCCCGACGGUACCCCAGUUGAGACCACCUACGUCGCUGACGAGAACGGUUACCAAGCUCAGGGAAGCCACAUCCCCGUGCCCCCACCAAUCCCAGAGCUGAUCCUCCGCAGUCUCCAGUACAUCGCUGACCACCCACCCCCAGCGGAAUACAUUAAGAAGACCGUCGUCUAAGUUAAUACCGACCUAGUACAAAGUUAACAACACUGCCUGUAGAAAAUUGUUUAUACCACGAUUUAUGUUUAUUUUGUUUUUGUUUUCUCUUAUAAGAUUGUAACAACGAUAUGGAUUUUGAAAUGAAGUACACUAUAGAAAAUUA